AUGCCCACAGCAAACGCCACCGUCGCCGUCUCCGCCCCCGGCAAGGUCCUCCUCGCCGGCGGCUUCCUGGUGCUGGAACGCGCCUACACGGGCCUCGUCCUCGGCCUCAGCGCGCGCAUCAACGUCAUCGCCGGCGACGUCACCAGCGAGCCCGGCGUGGAGCUGUAUGAGAUUGUCGUGAGCAGCCCGCAGUUCCUGGACGCGCAGUGGCGUUAUGGCUAUCACCACGCUGAGGACGGCGGAGGCGUUAAAGUUACGCAGCUGCAUGUCGGCUCCACCAUAACGCCCAAUCGCUUCGUCGAAACAACGCUCAGCUACGCCCUCACCUACAUCGACGCCGUUGUCUCAUCCUCAUCUAAGCAGCCUCAUCACAACAUCGCGUCCUCGCGCCUCGUCAUCCUUGCCGACAACGACUACUACUCCCACUCCCACGAGGCCUCGUCGGGGCGCUUCGCCAAAUUUCCCGUCGCCAUCAAGGGCGCCAACAAAACCGGUCUGGGGUCCUCAGCCGCGCUCGUCACCUCCCUGACGGCCUCCUUGCUCACCCACUACCUGCCCAGCAGCGUCUUUGACCUGUCCACCAAGAAGGGCAAGCAGACGCUGCACAACCUUGCCCAGGCCGCCCACUGUGCCGCCCAGGGCAAGAUUGGCUCUGGCUUUGACGUCGCCGCUGCCGUGUACGGAUCCUGCACGUACAGGAGAUUCUCCCCUGGCAUCCUCAACGUGCUGCCUGAGCCCGGCGCCCCUGGCUUCAGCGAGAAGCUGCUCGCCGUCGUCGAUGGCCAGAAAUGGGAUGUCGACGUCCAAGAGGACAGCGUUAGCGUCCCGCCAGGCCUCGUCCUGCGCAUGUGCGACGUCGACUGCGGCAGUGAAACCGUCGGCCUAGUUCGCCGGAUCCUCAACUGGCGCAGCGAAAAGGCAGACGAGUCAUCCGCCCUCUGGAACGACCUCCAGUCCAGAAACGAAGAGCUCGCCGCCAUCCUCAAGGCCGGCGACGUCGACCGCCUGCCCGCCCAGCUCAUCCAGGUCCGCGACCGCUUCCGCAAAAUGGGCCACCUGGCCGACGUGCCCCUCGAGCCCGACACCCAGACCGUCCUGCUCGAUGCCCUCACCGCCGUCGACGGCGUCUACGGCGGCGUCGUGCCCGGCGCGGGCGGCUUCGACGCGCUGGCCCUGCUGAUGCGAGACGACGCCGAGACGCAGCGUCGCGUGGAAGAGUUCCUGGCCGAAUGGAGUCGCGAAAAAGGUGCCAAGGUAAAGCUUCUGGUGGUCAAGGGGGAAAUGGAGGGCGUGCGCCAGGAGAGCUUGGACGUGUAUGACGGGUGGCUAUAG